AUGCAGUUGAUGCUCCAAUCUAGCUAUACAACCUCAAUAGACAACACUUGGGAAUCCAAUCAAGAAGACUGGGAAUAUGAUUCCGACGAGACCGACCCAGAUGAGAUUUUGGCUAAUCAUGAGAUAACCAAUUCCUCUGAUAUCGAGAUUGUAGAAAUCAUAUCAAUAGAUUCUGCUGAGUCCGAGACUAAUCCCUUUGAUGAGGAUGAGCCGGUGGUAGAAGUUAUUCCCAUAGAGUCCUCGCCCUCUGAAAUAAUUUUGCUUUCAUCUGAUCCUUCCGAUAUGGAGUCCCAUGUAGCCCAGGUUCCUAAUAAUGACCAAGAACUUACCUCCUCUGAGGGUGAGUCGAGUACUCUAGGCAUUGGUCCAGACCUCGAUCUUGAAGGAUGGGGGACUAGCGGUAUAGAUCCAGAUCCAGUGUCUGAUUCUGAUAAUAAUAACCAGGACUCAGAGGAGACCGAACCAACUGAGGCGGAGUCUAACUCUAGCAAAUCCUCUUCCUCGAGGAAGUAGAAUGUAAAAAUUAGAAAAAUUUCGUAAGAUCAAUAUAUGAGUUUCUAGUUACUCUCUAGUGUAUAUGGGAAUUUUGGGCAGAAAUAUGUAAACCCAUAUACUAGGAUAUAUGUAUGGAAUGAAAAGUUAAAUAUUAAUAAGAGACUUUUAGUUGUAACUACU